AUGAGGCAGUCACAAGGAGCGGAAUGCAAAUGCAGUUCUACUUGGGUCUACACACGACCGUGUGUUUCCGACUUGAGGAAGGCGUCGCUGUUGCUUCCAAUCAUACGUGACCACCUCUUUCAGUCGAAGUCACAACGCCCGUCCUCCUGGCUUCACACUGUUCCGACUCGUCGACUUGACAUACACCAUCGCGUGACUCAGCGGUACCAGUUCGCCAUACCAGAAGUGAGAGCUGAUUGCAUCUGUGAGUGCAACGCUGCUUCUGAUAGCUGUACUGCUGAAUCCCAUCAGUACACACAAUGCCCAGAAGACUCGAAUCGUGAUUUUCUCACCUCGUGCUACCGUACGUUUCUCCCCAAUCAGUCGCCAAUCGGAUGUCCUGCGGGCAGUAAUGCCAAGCUCUGCUGUGACGUAGAAAUUUCGCCCAUACCGACGUACACCGCAGUGAAGGUCGAACAACCGUCAACGUAUGCCACUUUCGUGUAUACCGCUUAUGACUACAGUAAUGGCCGCUGGAUGGAAAAAGAUCGCAGCACAAUCCGUUCGCAAUUAGACGGAGGGACUCAAGAG